CCACCAGUGAGAGGGCGGGAAUCCGGGUGGGGCGUGGCCAAGGGAAGGGAAAGCCCGUGUGCUGGAGACACUCGCGAUUGGUGGCGCUCUGUCCAAUCAGAGCCGAGCUUGCAGCGAGGUCCCUUAGCGGGGGUUUCGGGCCCGCAGGUACCGGUGACCCUCGGGUGGCUCCGUGCCCGGGCUGGGGAGCCGGCGGCAGCUUGGAACCGGCUGCCCCCCCUCCAGCUGCUCCAGCCCUCGCAUCCUGUGCCCGGCCCCGUGGAACUGUGUCAGGGGUUGCUUCUGGCGCGGUGGGGUUGUUGGCGGUGUCGAUGCUGCUCUUGGGCGGCGCCCUCCGUGCGACUGUGCCUAGGUUCGCUCGGGCCUUCGCCGUGUUCUCUGUCACGGUCACGCUGUCCAUCCCGCCUGCCCGCUGUGUGCUCCAGCGCAGGCUGCCCCUCAGUAACUUAUCUGCAGACUAUUGGUCUCGUCUUCAUCCUGUUAACAUGUUCAACAGUUGCGAUGCUAAGAAGUUCUACCACAGCAAAGCUCUCACCUCCCCAUAUCCUGGAUCACACGUGGAGCGUAGCCGAGUUCCUGAAGAUAAAGUCAGCUGGCUGAUUGAGUGGGAAGAUUAUAACCCUGUGGAGUACACAGCGAGGUCUGUUUUGGCUGGACCCAGUUGGGCAGAUCCCCAAAUCAAUGAUAAAAGUUUUUCUCCCAAAUUCAAUGAGAGAGAUGGAGAAGUGGAGAGGAAGAGUCUGAAUGGCUUGUAUGUGGUUGAAAAUGGGAGGCCCCGAAAUCCAGUGGGAAGGACUGGCCUCACAGGCAGAGGAUUGUUGGGGCGCUGGGGACCAAACCACGCUGCUGAUCCUAUUGUUACCAGGUGGAAGAGGGAUGGAAGUGGCAAUAAAAUUGCUCAUCCAGUUACCGGCAAAAACAUUCUGCAGUUUGUAGCUAUCAAGAGGCGAGACUGUGGGGAGUGGGCCAUUCCGGGGGGAAUGGUGGACCCAGGGGAGAAGAUCAGUGCUACCCUGAAGCGAGAAUUUGGGGAGGAAGCCUUGAACUCCUUGCAGAAAUCCCCUGAGGAGAAAGCGGAAUUGGAGAAGCAGCUCCACAAGCUGUUCAGCCAGGAGCACUUUGUGGUGUACAGAGGAUAUGUGGAUGACCCCCGGAACACAGAUAAUGCCUGGAUGGAGACAGAAGCUGUGAACUAUCAUGAUGAAACUGGUGAAACAAUGGACAAUUUGCCUCUGGAAGCAGGUGAUGAUGCUGGAGUAGUCAAGUGGGUCGACAUCAGUGAGGACCUCAAGCUCUAUGCAAGUCACAACUACUUCAUUAAGCUUGUGACGGACAAACGGGAAGCCCACUGGAGUGAGGAUCCCAGUCGUGCAUGCCAUGAGUGACGCCAACAACAAACCAGUGCACAGCAAGGGAUAACUAAGUUUUCCAGCUUUGAAACAGAGAUAACAUUGUUGUUUCCAGUGGACAUUCAGUGAAAAUUCUGUGAAAUUUGGCUGGUCAAAACACUUGGCAGGGAUAAACAGAGGCUUUCUCAGAGGCUUCAGAUUGCUGUUUUGUAUUUCUCAACUAGUGUGAAAUGAGAUGAACGUGGAGCUGUUGCCUUGGUUUCCUUUCUUGUCUUCAUUAUUUUCAGCCAUUUUAUCGUAUCUGCGGAUUUGCAUGACAGCAUUGGGAUUCUGACCCAUGGUUCAGAAACUGUUCACUUCAGCUCUGCAAUUUUGCUCCGACUUCUUUUCGGGAGUAUGAAUCCUUAAGGGAUGUGAGACUUGUAUAAUGAGAACCUGAAUAAUGACUUAUUUUAAGUGCUGUAUAAUAAAGGGAAGUUAAUUUUC